CGUCGAUAAGAACGCACGCGAGCGGAUCCCGAGAUCCCGAACCACCCAUACGAACUAUCAAAAUCAAAAUUGAAAUUGAAAAAUUGGAAAUACGCGCGCGCGUGUGCUUUUCCACUUUAAAUAUAUACGUUUUCUAUAUUUUUUUUGAUUAAUUUUUUUCACACCAAGUGGAGAAUUGGCAAUGUGCAGUGCGUGAUGUGUGUGGAUUGGUGCUGCAUCCAAAUCUGUGGCAGAAAAAUACAAAAGAACACUAGGCUAUAGUUUUUCCAUUCAAAAAUUGUAGUACGGAAAACGCAGCUGCCUCAGAAUGUCUGGCAAGAAUCAAAUGAGCGUCUUAAUGGAUAAGAUCAACACGACCCUACAGUCUUGUCCCAUCGUGUGCAUCAAUGAGCCGGACAGCAAGGAGAUACUGCAAUCGAGUGCGGAGAGCACGCUAGAGAAGCAGCCCAAGGAAGGAAGCUCCUCCUCGUCGGGCACUUCGGUGACCAGCCUGAAUGGCAACUGCAUUGCAAUCAAUGGAGGAGUAGGAGAAGCUACUCUAGCAACCACCAGCAGUGCGGCCGGAGUGACCAAGAUAACGAUAACCAGCGACAGCAGCAAAAAUAGUACCAACAACACAGCUAAAAUCGACUGUUACAAGAACAGCAGCAGCAGUUUGGUCUCCAUCACCAGUCUAAACAGCUGCAGCGACCUCAGCCGGGGAAGUACCGCCACCCUGCCCAUUAGCAGUAGUACUUGCAACAGCAGCAACAACGUCAGCAGCCAUCCCCUCAACAGUAGCAAUAGCUUGAACAACAACAACGGCAGCGACACCUCGUCCAACAACUUCCAGGAGCGUUUCGACUUUGAGCACUGGAAGGGAAUACUCAGCGACUACAACUGCUUUCACGGGCUAUAUCGCUACUGGAAUCAGUACAGCGGACGCAGUGCAGCCAACAGCAACAUCAACGGUAGUCAACAGCAGCAGCAGCAGUCGCUACAGUCCCAUUCCCAAUCGCAAUCCCAGUCCGAACAUGAAAACGGCCUGGGCAGCGGAGUUGGUUCCUUCUACACACACAACAUAUUAGGCUACACCUUCGGCUAUCCCUUUGGCCUGAAGGAGGACCUCGACGGCAACUGCAGCAGCAGCAACUGUCACGGCAGCAACAGCAGCAACAACCAUAGUCUCGGCCUCAGGAAGUGGCUUUCAGGCAGCCCCAGCAGCAACGAGACGCCGCUACAGAAGCACUACAGACACCAGCAGAAGAAAAAGAUGCCCGGGUUCAGGGGCAGAAGGGUCUGGUGCGGUUGCUUCAAGGACGAUGAGCCGCCCGAGAUUUGUGUGGUGGAGGGGGCGUUCACCCUGCAGACGCUCACGCCCACGCAACCGAUGCCGUCGGUGGAUGAGCUGGACACAAAGUUCGCGGAACUGGUGGAGGAGCUGGAUCUGACGGCGCCCAACAAGGAGGCGAUGCUGAGUUUGCCGGCGCAAAAGAAGUGGCAGAUCUACUGCUCGAGGAAGCUGCCCUUGGAUGCGGGCGAUGGUCCAGAUGCGGCGGCCAUAACCCAACCGCCCACCGCCGAGCACUAUAUCGAGCGACUCAAGGAGCUGGUGGUGCAUGUUUCCCUCUCGCCGGAGGAUUCGCCCAGCCAUGAGUCAGCCGGCAAUGGCAAUCAUCGACUGGAUGGCCAUGCCGCCUUUGUGGACGCCCUCAAGACAUCGCUGCGCACCUCCACGCACAGCUUUGUGCUGCGUUUCGUGGAGCUCGAUGGGCUGCCCGCCCUGCUGGAUCUUCUGCUGCAGCUGGACAUCCGGGUGGCCAACAGUCCGCUGCACACCAGCCUGAUUGGAUGCAUCAAGGCGCUGAUGAACAAUUCGAUGGGCAGGGCGCAUGUGCUGGCCCAUCCGACGGCCAUUGAUACGAUAGCAAGAUCGCUGGUGGCGGAUAACAUACGCACCAAGAUCGCCGCCCUGGAGAUUCUGGGAGCCGUGUGCCUGGUGCCCGGCGGCCAUCGCAAGGUGCUGCAGGCCAUGCUCUACUUCCAGGAGUUCGCCACCGAGCGAACCCGUUUCCAGAGCAUUGUCAACGAUCUGGAUCGCUCGACCUAUGGGUACAGGGAUAAUGUGAAUCUCAAGACGGCCCUCAUGUCGUUUGUGAAUGCGGUGCUUAACUAUGGACCCGGCCAGGAGAACCUCGACUUUAGGCUCCAUCUGAGGUACGAGUUUCUCAUGCUGGGCAUCCAGCCGGUGAUCGACAAGCUGCGCACGCACGAGAACGAAACGCUGGACAGGCAUUUGGACUUCUUCGAGAUGGUGCGCGCCGAGGAUGAGAAGGAGUUCGCACGGCGCUUCAAGGAGGAGCACGUGGACACCAAGAGCGCCGGCUCCAUGUUCGAGCUGCUGCGUCGAAAGCUUAGUCACUCGCCCGCCUAUCCGCACAUGCUCUCCCUGCUGCAGCACAUGCUCCUGCUGCCCUAUACAACGGGCCACUGCACGGAGCACUGGCUGCUGAUCGACCGCGUGGUCCAGCAGAUCGUGCUGCAGGUGGAACAGCGGCCGAACAGCGAUCUCAUCCCCGAUCCGGACGAUGCGGAGAAGCAGCUGAAGCUGGCCGCCGAUACGCCCGUCCACGAUCCCGACGUGGCGCCCCUGCAGAUCGAUGUGGCCAAGCUGGUGCGUCUCCUUGUCAAGGAGGAGCAGCUGACGCAGGCGCGCAAGCGAGCGGACGAGCUGGAGCGCGAGAAUUUCGACGUGCAGUCGCGGCUGGCCAAGAAGGAGCAGGAACUCGAUCUACGCAUGCAGGAGAAGGAGGAUCUGGAGACGGGACUGGCGCGAAUGCGCGAGCGUCUCGAGAAGGAGUCCGCCCAGCACUCGCAGGCGGUGCAGCGGGCGCAGACCGCGGAGAUGCGGGCCGAGGAUCUGCAGCACCGCCUGCUCAGCGAGCAGCAGGAGCGCUCGCGCCUGGAGCGGCUGGUCACCGAGGGCAGCAUACCCGACGACCAGAAGGUGGCCGGUCUCACCGGCUGCAAUGGGGCCGUCUCCCCGCCGCCGGCUCCGCCCAUGCUCAAGACCAUCCCGCCGCCGCCGCCACCGAUGGCGCCGUCCAUGAUGAUGCCCCCACCGCCGCCGCCCUGCCCAGGAGCCCCGCCUCCGCCGCCGAGCAUGGCACAAACGAUGGCCCCUGCGCCACCCAAAGUGGAUUUGCCAAAGAAGAAUGUGCCACAGCCGACGAAUCCGCUGAAGAGCUUCAACUGGUCGAAGUUGCCGGACGCCAAGCUGCAGGGCACCGUGUGGAGCGAGCUGGACGAGAGCAAGCUGUACAACAACAUGGAGCUGGAGUCGAUAGAUAAGCUAUUUUCGGCCUAUCAAAAGAACGGGGUGUCGGCCACCGACGGAUCCUAUGAGGAUUUGCGAGUGACUGGCAAGGCGACCAAGCAGAAGGUACUGUCGGUGAUCGAUGGACGCAGGGCGCAGAACUGCACGAUCCUGUUGAGCAAGCUGAAGAUGAGCGACAUGGAGAUAUCAAAGGCCAUACUCUCCAUGGACAGCAACGAGCAGCUGCAGCUGGACAUGGUCGAGCAGCUGCUCAAGUUCACGCCGUCGGCGGAGGAGCGAGCACUGCUGGACGAGCACAGCGAGGACAUUGAGUCUCUGGCGCGGGCCGAUCGUUUCCUCUACGAGAUAUCCAAGAUUCCCCACUACGAGCAGCGGCUAAAGAGUCUGCACUACAAGAAGCGCUUCAUGCUGACCAUCAACGACCUGAUCCCACGCAUAACCAGUGUGAUGGAGGCCUCGCGCGAGGUGGCUCGUUCCCGUCGCCUGCGCAAGCUCCUGGAAUUGGUGCUGGCAUUGGGCAACUACAUGAACCGCGGGGCACGCGGCAAUGCCUCUGGCUUCCGACUGGCCUCGCUCAACCGGCUGGCGGACACCAAGUCGAGUGCCGCCAAGGGCACCACUCUGCUGCACUACCUCGUCCAGGUGAUCGAGCGCAAGUUCAAGGACCUGCUGAAGCUGGAGGACGACAUACCGCAUGUGCGCGAGGCCUCCAAGGUGUCGCUGGGCGAGAUGGACAAGGAUAUUCAGAUGCUGCGCACCGGCCUGGCGGAUGUGGCGCGCGAAAUCGAGUUCCAUCGCAGCUCGGGCCCCGCCCAGCAGGGUGAUCGCUUUCUGCCCGUGAUGCGCGAGUUCCACGCCCAGGCAUCGGUGCGCUUUGCGGAGCUGGAGGACAAGUUCCAGGACAUGAAGACGCGCUUUGAUCGGGCCGUCCGGCUGUUCGGCGAGGAUGGAUCGGUGCUGCAGCCGGACGAGUUCUUCGGCAUCUUCGACUCCUUCCUCGGCGCCUUUGCGGAGGCGCGGCACGACAACGAGAGCUUCCGGCGGCGGCAGGAGGAGGAGGAGAAGCGCGCGAAGCAGGAGGCGGAGCUGAAGAAGCGCACCAUCGAGCGCAAGAACAAGACGGGUCUGAUGAGCAGCGUGGCCCGCAAUCUGGGCCUCAAGUCGGGAUCCCCAAAUGGCGGAGGUCCCGAUUCGCCAGCCAAAAGCGUCGACAACAAGGGCGAGUUUGACGAUCUCAUUUCGGCCCUGAGGACCGGCGACGUGUUCGGCGAGGACAUGGCCAAGUUCAAGCGGUCGCGCAAGGCGCGAGUGCUCAACGGUGGCAGCGGUGCCGCCAGCACCACCGGCCACACCUCGCCGCCGCGCCACGGCAGCCUGCAGCGGGAGGACAGCAGCGGGCGGGAGCGCGAGCGGACGGUGAGGCGCCAGUAAUUGGAUAAAGAACGGGAUGGAGCAGGAGAUUCGAGGGAUUAAGAUCUCUGCUGUCCCCGCUGUAAAGUAAUGUUUCCCCGGAUUGCGCGAAAGUAUUUUUUUUUUAUUUGUUUAAAUCGUAAAGACACUUUUUGUAAUUAUUUAUAUAUCUACUCAUACUACCCGUACGCAUACACUACGUUUGAUGUAUCUACCUACAUAAACACCUACAUAUAUAGCACAUAAUCUAAACGU